AUGGGUUCAGUGAAGAGGAAGUCAAUAGAAGACCCGAGUGAUACAAGUAGACCUGAAAAGCAGCUGAGAGAGGAUAGUUUACUGGGUUUGGAUGAGCAAGUGGCUUGUGUGCAUGAUGUUUCGUACCCGGAAGGCUAUGUCCCUCAUGCUCCAAGUUCAGCUAAGACUGAAGAAAGCUUAAAACCUGCAAAGGAGUUCCCUUUUACACUUGAUCCUUUCCAAUCCGAAGCAAUUAAGUGCCUUAACAAUGGUGAAUCUGUCAUGGUGUCAGCACACACAUCAGCUGGUAAGACGGUUGUGGCUCUGUAUGCAAUUGCUAUGUCAUUGAAGAAUAAUCAGCGUGUGAUUUACACUUCACCAAUCAAAGCACUUAGUAAUCAAAAGUACAGAGAGUUUAAAGAAGAGUUUUCUGAUGUGGGAUUGAUGACUGGAGAUGUAACCAUUGAACCCAAUGCUUCUUGCUUGGUAAUGACCACAGAAAUCUGGCGAAGCAUGCAGUACAAGGGAUCAGAGGUUACAAGGGAGGUGGCGUGGAUUAUUUUUGAUGAGGUACACUACAUGCGUGAUAGAGAACGGGGUGUAGUUUGGGAGGAGAGUAUUGUGAUGGCUCCAAAGAAUUCUCGAUUUGUAUUUCUCUCAGCUACUGUGCCUAAUGCCAAGGAGUUUGCAGAUUGGGUUGCGAAGGUCCACCAGCAACCCUGUCAUAUUGUUUAUACAGACUAUCGACCUACACCUCUUCAGCACUACAUGUUUCCUUCUGGUGGUGAUGGUCUAUACUUGGUGGUUGAUGAAAAGGGAAAAUUUCGUGAGGAAAGCUUCCAGAAAGCUUUAAAUGCUCUUGUUCCUGCUAGUGAGGGGGGUCGAAAAAGGGAAAAUGGAAAAUGGCAGAAGGGUUUGGUUGUUGGUAAAGCGGGUGAGGAUAGUGAUAUAUUUAAAAUGGUGAAAAUGAUUAUUCAACGUCAAUAUGAUCCCGUAAUAUGUUUUAGCUUCAGCAAAAGAGAAUGUGAAUUUCUUGCAAUGCAGAUGGCUAAAAUGGAUUUAAACAAUGAUGAUGAGAAGGUGAACAUUGAAAGUAUAUUUUGGAGUGCUAUGGACAUGUUGUCUGAUGAUGAUAGAAAGCUACCACAAGUUUCAAACAUGCUACCCUUACUGAAACGUGGAAUCGGUGUACAUCAUUCUGGGUUGCUUCCUAUACUGAAAGAAGUGAUUGAAAUCCUAUUCCAAGAAGGGUUUAUUAAGUGUUUGUUUGCCACAGAGACCUUUAGCAUAGGGUUAAACAUGCCUGCAAGAACUGUUGUCUUCUCAAAUGUGCGCAAAUUUGAUGGAGAUAAGUUUAGAUGGAUAUCCAGUGGUGAAUAUAUACAAAUGAGUGGGCGUGCUGGUCGUCGAGGAAUUGAUGACCGGGGGAUUUGCAUCCUGAUGGUUGAUGAGAAGCUUGAACCUUCUACAGCUAAAUUGAUGCUAAAAGGAAGUGCUGAUCCAUUGAAUAGUGCUUUCCACCUUAGCUACAACAUGCUGUUAAAUCAGAUACGAUGUGAAGAUGGUGAUCCUGAAAAUUUGCUUAGGAAUUCAUUUUAUCAAUUUCAGGCAGACCAAGCAAUUCCUGAUCUUCAGAAGCAAGCAAAAAUACUUGCAGAAGAGAGAGACUCAAUUGUUCUUGAAGAAGAAGAUAGCUUGGAGGAUUAUUACUCUCUGUUACAACAGCACAAGAGCCUAAAAAACGAUGUUCGUGACAUAGUCUUCUCUCCAAAGUAUUGCUUACCUUUUCUGCAGCCUGGCAGGCUUGCAGGUGUAUACUGUACAAAUACAAAUGAAAAUGUUCCCUCCUUCUCCAUUAAAGAAAACGUGACAUGGGGAGUCAUAAUUAACUUUGAGAUGGUAAAAGGCCUUUCUAAAGAUGAUGAAGAUAAGAAACCAGAGGAUGCCAACUACACAGUAGAUAUUCUUACUAGAUGUAUGGUGCAUAAAGAUGAACUUGGUAAAAAAUCCACUAAAAUUGUUCCCUUAAAGGAUCCUGGGGAAGCUGCUGUUGUUUCUGUUCCAUUAUCCAAGAUUGACAGUUUGAGUAGUGUUCGCCUGAAAAUACCAAAGGACCUUAUACCAUUGGAAGCUCGAGCUCAUACCUUGAAAAAGGUUUCUGAAGUUCUCUCUAGAUAUGCUAAAGAAGGUGGCAUGCCUCUCUUACACCCAGAAGAUGACAUGAAGGUUAAAAAUAGCUCAUACAGUAAGGCUGCACGCAGGAUAGAGGCGUUGGAGAGCCAGUUUGAAAAGCAUGACAUAUCAAAAUCACCUAUUAUUGAGGAAAAGCUUAAAGUUUUGCACAAAAAGAAAGAGCUUACAGCCAGAAUCAAAUCAAUCAAGAAAUCAUUGCGUUCAUCCUCUGUCUUAGCUUUCAAAGAUGAACUUAAAGCCAGGAAAAGAGUCCUCAGGAGACUUGGAUACAUCAGCAGAGAUGAUGUUGUAGAGUUGAAGGGGAAAGUAGCCUGUGAAAUCAGCAGUGCGGAUGAACUGACUCUGACUGAGCUUAUGUUUAAUGGUGUGUUCAAGGAAAUUAAAGUAGAGGAGAUGGUAUCUCUGCUUUCUUGUUUUGUGUGGCAAGAGAAACUUCAGGAUGCUCAAAAGCCCCGGGAUGAGCUUGAGUUGCUGUUCACACAAUUACAAGAUGCAGCUUGGAAGGUCGCCAAAGUUCAGCUCGAGUGCAAGGUUCAAAUAGAUGUUGAGAACUUUGUGAGUUCUUUCCGACCUGACAUCAUGGAAGCUAUCUAUGCUUGGGCUAAGGGAUCCAAAUUUUACGAGAUCAUGGAAUUCACUCAGGUCUUUGAAGGCAGUUUAAUUAGGGCUAUCAGGAGAUUGGAGGAAGUUCUUCAACAACUAAUACAAGCUGCACAAUCUAUCGGAGAAACCGAACUUGAAUCCAAAUUUGAAGAUGCCGUUAGCAAGAUCAAGAGGGAUAUCGUCUUUGCUGCAUCGCUUUACUUGUAAUACACAUACUUAAAGCCUGUUCGGCAAAUGUUGAACUAGUUGACGGAAAUCCCUAAUGGAGAAAACCCAUCCUGCAACGGGAUACCUACCAGAGGUGAGAUCUCUCUGAAGGACAGACAUGGAAAUACUGGGUAAGCUAAAGAUUUUUUGCAUAUUCCAUGGCAUCUCUCUUCACAGAUUACUCAGCUCGGAAUGAGACACAAUUUACAUGGCCAUGGUGAGGCUUCCAUUUUUGCCCUUUGGUACCAAAACACUAGGCUUACUUGAUUGUUGUUAUCAGAUACAUAAAAUGAUAGGAGCAAUUUGUGUUAUAACAGCAAGUAGUGUCAAUUUUGUGGACUAUGACAUGGAUGGAAUAUUUAGAUUACAAUCAUGUAUACAAUUUUUUUCCUUAUUUAUGGGAAGAAAGUUUGCAGUUGCUACUCGAAGUUGCAUUUUGGGUGAAGCCGACAACCAAAAAGGUAAAUAGACAGCUCCUACAGAAAGUCAAAUUUGAAACCGUGUAUUACCAAAUCACUUGAAAGUCAAAUUUGAAACCGUGUAUUACCAAA